GAUCAUAAAAUAUUGUUAUAGUUUAAACUACCCAACAGCAUCAUAACAUACUGUAGUCAGUCUUAAUACAUCACAUUUACAUUCAUGCCCCUUCAUACAGGCCCACAUAUACAUAAAUACACAUGUACACAUUCCCACAUACAGUAUAUACACACACACACACACAUAUAUCUGUCCAUAGUGUAGAAUCUACAGUACCUAAAUAUUAAAAUACUUAGUUUAACACUGAAUUUGAAUUUUGGAUUGGAUUUUCUUAUGGAUCUACAAUAACACGCCGAAUCUAGUGGAAAACAUGUUCAGUUAAAUCACUUAUUUCCAACAUGUCAAAUGUUUGUUUUUGUGGUUUUGUUUUCAUUUCGAGUUUCGGUUUUCAGCAUUCAGAAGUUGACCAAUCAGAGCAGAGUGGGCUGAUUGGGAGGGGGGUCUUAAAUGGACCUGCAUGAUACAUCCCAUUUAAAAACCAAGACAAGUUAUGUUACAUCAAUAAAUCAUUUAAAACAAAAUUAUAGACUAACCCAGAAAUAAAUAUCUACACCAAAAAAACCUAAAUACAACAACACACGUCUAAUUAAAGUGUUUUAAAGUGUUAAAGUAAAAUUUCAUGAAUAACCUGUAACCUUGUACUCUAGAUGACCUCGGACUGACCUCUAAAAGUAGGACAUCAGUAUCAGAAAAGGGGGUUUCUGGCUGCAUGAAAGAGGUUAACUUUAAUCAUAUGUACCGUCACUUUGGGACUUUUUACUCAGCCUUUAAAGGCUGCAACAGUUCCAGUUUAUUGUCAUCUGUUUUGGGAUAACUGGACUUCUUGUACCUAAGCACUCAAUUAAAAAAACACAAAGACGGUAAUUUCACCAGAGAGUUUUAGUGUUGGAUACCCUUUCACACUGACAAGAAUUAAACUGUACAGGUCAUAAAGUUGAGAAUAAUUCUGAUCUUAAUCUCCGAAUUCUGACUUUAAUCUCGGAAAUUCUGACUUUAAUCCCGGAAAUUCUGACUUUAAACUCUGAAUUCUGACUUUAAUCUCGGAAAGUCUGACUUUAAUCUCUGAACUAUGACUUUAUUCUCAGAAUUCUGACAUUUCUGAAAUUAAACUUAAUUAUCAUAUAAACUUAGUCAUAGUUUUUUUCUCAGAAUUCUGACUUUAAAUUUAGAACUCAAAUACAUGUUUAAAAUAUGGCCCUAAUCCUCUUCCGUAAUGAAUACUCUUUGGAGCACAAAAUAUUGGUUUAAAUGUCACCUACUGUCUACUUUUCUAUGUCUGUCUCUCCACAUGACACCACUGACUCGGGGUCAUUGAGGGUCACCAUAAAAAAGGUGACAUGUGCAGGGUUCGACAAUGACCAUGAUGAGUAUUGCGGACUAAGGCACAUGCGGUCGUUUAUUCCUGAUCUGCGUUUAGUAUUUCAGCUCUAUUAAUAGUCACCUCUCCAGCCACUGGGAUUCACACACACACACACAAACGCACAGCAGCGCACACAGCCCUCCGGCAGGACUCAAAUAUCACAUCGACCGUCACUAAGUCGAAGACUCUGCUAUCAGGUCUGCUGCAGUAGAAGCGGCAGGAGUUUAUUUUUCUGGUUGAUCGCAUAAAGCAAGUUGGAGAGAUUUUUUAGAUUGUUUUGUUUUUAAAAGAUGCUAAAAGCUGAAUGUGACAGCUGGUGUUUACAAGUCCCGAAGGUUGUUUAAGGCGUCAAGGGCGGAAAACAGCAAGCCUCCUCCCCUACUAGCCCUUCUUUCCUCUGGAGGAAAAAGGGGCAGUUGGCGUGUACUGCGGUGGAGGAAAGGAGGUGUUAGCGGUGGUGACAGUGACACCGGGGCUAUCUCCGAAAAUCUGAGAAAUCUCAUCUUGUGAAUCUACUUCACAAAGAGGCAUCAUCGGGAGGUUUUCUGGAUUUUGUUUGGAUAUUUGCGUGGGGCUCUGAGAGUGAAAACCUAGAGCCAUGUCACCUUUCCUGCGGAUUGGUUUCUCCAACUUCGAGAUGGAUCCGGGUUUGGCCUACCAUGAAGAGGUGCUGAACCCCUACUGUGCUGUCUACAUGAAGGAGGCCAUCGACACAGAGAAAGGCCAAGUGUACAAGCAGAAGAAGCCCACCAUGUACCCGCCGUGGAGCACCACGUUCGAUGCCCAUGUGCACCGUGGUCGUAUCAUGCACGUGAUGGUGAAGGACCGGACGGCGGAGCUUAAGUCCGAAGCCACGGUGGCUCUGGACUCGCUGGCGACACGUUGCAAGAAGGAGAACGGCAAGCUGGAGAUCUGGCUGGACCUGAAGCCACAGGGACGCCUGCUGAUGGAGGCCAGAUAUUACCUGGAGAAAAGCGACGCGACAGGGCACACUGAGGGAGACCCGGAGUCCGAACAGGAGAGGGAGGGUCUGUUCGCUCUCCAUCACCGACGUGGUGCCAUCAAACAGGCCAAAGUUCAUGUUGUCAAGUGUCAUGAAUUCAGUGCAACGUUCUUCCCUCAACCGACCUUCUGCUCUGUGUGCAAAGAGUUUGUCUGGGGUCUUAACAAGCAGGGUUAUCAGUGCAGACAGUGCAAUGCAGCUAUCCACAAAAAAUGCAUAGACAAAGUUAUUGCCAAAUGCACUGGCUCAGCCAUCAAUAGCAAAGAAACGAUGAUCCACAAGGAACGCUUCAAGAUCGACAUGCCCCACAGGUUCAAAGUCUACAACUACAAAAGCCCUACCUUCUGUGAACACUGUGGGACUCUGCUGUGGGGGCUGGCCAAGCAGGGGCUCAAAUGUGAGGAAUGCGGCAUGAACGUCCACCACAAAUGUCAGAAGAAAGUAGCCAACCUCUGUGGGGUCAACCAAAAACUGAUGGCUGAAGCUUUGGCCAUCAUCGAGAGCAAACAGCAGGCCCGAGGCACCAGAGACAGUGAAAUCAUUGGUCGAGAAGGUCCAGUAGGUGUUGGCCAGGCAGGGGUGGUUCGAGCUCCGUCUGGGUUAAUAAUGGGUUUACCAGCAACAGCUACACCUGCACCUGCAAGUAAAGAUGUGCAAGGUAUUUCAUGGGAGGGACCAAGAGACAGGUCGGUCACUGGGGCGUUGAUGGAGGAAGAGCCUCUGUACGCUGUUCCGAGGAAGGAUCACCAACCCAAAUUUACCAUCGAAGACUUCGCCUUGCAUAAGAUGCUCGGGAAAGGCAGCUUUGGCAAGGUGUUCUUAGCCGAGUUGAAAAAGAGUGGGCAGUUUUUUGCGGUGAAGGCUCUGAAGAAGGACGUGGUUUUGAUGGACGAUGAUGUCGAGUGCACUAUGGUGGAGAGGAGGGUCCUCUCUUUGGCCUGGGAAAAUCCCUUCCUCACGCACCUUUACUGCACCUUCCAGACCAAGGAGAAUCUGUUCUUUGUGAUGGAGUAUCUGAACGGAGGCGAUCUCAUGUUCCACAUCCAGAACUGCCACAAGUUUGACUCGCACAGAUCUACCUUCUACGCAGCUGAGAUCAUCUGUGGGCUUCAGUUCCUGCACUCCAAAGGAAUCAUUUACAGGGAUCUGAAGCUGGAUAAUGUGCUGUUGGACUCUGAGGGCCAUAUAAAGAUAGCGGACUUUGGCAUGUGUAAGGAGAACAUGCAGCUCGACUUGCGGACCUCCACCUUCUGUGGGACACCCGACUACAUCGCCCCUGAGAUCCUUCUGGGUCAGAAGUACAACAGCUCAGUGGACUGGUGGUCGUUCGGAGUGCUGCUUUACGAGAUGCUGAUCGGUCAGUCUCCGUUCCACGGCCGAGAUGAAGAGGAGCUGUUUCAGUCCAUACGAACCGACAACCCUGUUUAUCCUCGCUGGCUGACCAAAGACGCCAAGGACAUUCUGGUCAAGCUGUUUGUUAGAGAGCCUGAGGAACGACUAGGAGUGAGGGGAAACAUCAGGCAGCACGGUUUCUUCAGCAGCACCGACUGGAACGCCCUGGAACAACGGCAGGUGGUGCCGCCCUUCAGGCCAACUUUAACGUCGCCCAGUGACUGCAGCAACUUCGAUAAGGAGUUCAUCAACGAGAAGCCCCGGCUAUCGUGUGCCGACCGGACGCUCAUCAACAGCGUCGACCAGACGAUGUUCAGAAACUUCUCCUUCGUUAACCCGGGAAUGGCUCGCGUCACAGGACGCUGACCACCUGAACAACAACCUACUACCUACAAACAAGCCGCCCAGUCACAACCAGCACUUACUGUAACUAAACAAACUACAGAGACUUUAAACCGUGAAUGUCGCAACAAAUUCAACUGUAUCCAUAACUUUAUAAUAACCACUAAGGGGGUGUCCUGGGUGUAAGACACAUACUGUAUAAAGUAACUGUGAUGGGAUUUUUAUCGCAUGCAUUUCCUGGCUCUCUACAUUUUCAACUUUUAAGUAAAACACAAAAAUAUUCACAAACAUUUUUAAAAAAAACAGCCAGCAACAAAACAGAAACAAAAAACCUCUAAGCUAAAGCAAAAAAGAUGAAUAUUUACCUAAAAUCUAUUAUGAUGUCUCACAGAUUAUCUAGUAAGAGGCAAAAUGUUUCUAAUUUUGUGUAAUUCAGACAAUUCCCUCGGUUGAAAAGCUUGUAAUUACUCAUAGAAUUGCCCCUUUAAGUAUUCAACCCCGUUAACUUGACUUUGUGCUUAUCAGGAUGUGUUUGUUAUAGAAAAUGUGCUUGUAAUGAACUUAUGGUGCCUCAUAAUACUUUAUGAAGUUGACUUCUUCUUAGUAAAGCAAACACUGGUUUUACCUAAAGCCAAAUUAGAUGUGUUGUCCUGUUUUUGGGUUUUUUUUUCUUCUCCUAUUCCACAGUAUAUUGAGUCUUUUACCUCCACUUUGGGUACAGAUGUUAAAAAUGUAUUUCUUUUAAUGUAAAUAACUGUAAUCUGUUGAUAUAUUGUACUGUUUGAAUAGAUCUAUUAAUGUGUAGCAAAAGGUCAAUUACAGGGUUUUUGUUUACGUGCGUUUUCUUACUGUACCUCAGGAGUUUUAUUGACAAUGUCAUUUGGAUCAGGUACUUAGAUCCCUGCAAACUGUAAGUUUUAUUGUUCUCUUCAUUGUGAAUCGUGUACAAUAAAAUAAGUGGGUUUUUGUACAGAGUUGUCAAUGUUUGUAUCAUUGAGGGAUGGAUUUCUGAGUAACACAAAACUUGUUCAUGUGUAGUAUUAGUCACCAGAGGUACUGAGAGAGUGAAGGUGGAGGCGUAGACCGAGAACCAAACCAGCUCAGUUUUUCCACUUACUGCCCUUUGCAAUAUGUUUUUUCCAAAGUUGAUGAAAUUGAAAUGAAAAAGAAAUGAAUAAAACAUCUC